AAGAUGAAUGGGGAUGUGGCAGAUUCCACGGACACUCCAAAUGCCCUUAGCCAGGUGGAGACAGGAAAUGAUCGAAAUGGCUUGGACUUCAACAGACAGAUCAAAACUGAAGAUCUCAGUGAUUCUUUGCAGCCACCACUAUCGCACAGGCCCUGCCACCUGUCUCAAGGACCUGCCAUGAUGUCAGGAAACCAGAUGCCUGGGGACAUGGCUUCCCUCCAUCCUCUCCAGCAACUUGUCCUGGUUCCCAGCCACCUGCAGUCCGUGUCACAGUUCCUGCUGUCUCAGUCGCAGUCUGGGCAACAAGGUCUACAGUCAAAUCUUCUCCCGUUUCCUCAGCAACAAAGCAGCUUCCUCCUCCCACAGACUGGACCUGGCCUGGCAUCUCAGGCAGUUGGUCGCCCUGGGCUGCCAGGAUCAUCCUUAGACUCCCAUCUGGAUGUGUCACAACAUAUUCAAGUCUCCAAACAUUUGCCCAACUCUGGAGGGCCAGAUGAACCCAGUGACCUAGAGGAAUUAGAAAAGUUUGCCAAGACCUUCAAGCAGAGACGCAUCAAGCUAGGCUUCACUCAGGGUGAUGUAGGGCUGGCCAUGGGGAAGCUGUAUGGCAAUGACUUCAGCCAGACCACAAUCUCCCGAUUCGAAGCCCUCAAUCUGAGCUUCAAGAACAUGUGUAAACUCAAACCACUCCUGGAAAAGUGGCUCAAUGAUGCAGAGUCCUCUCCUUCAGACUCCACAGUGAGUACCCCCAGCUCUUACCCCUCCCUCAGUGAGGUUUUUGGUCGGAAAAGGAAGAAGAGGACCAGCAUCGAAACUAAUAUCCGUCUGACUUUGGAAAAGAGAUUUCAAGAUAACCCCAAGCCCAGCUCUGAGGAGAUCUCCUUAAUUGCCGAACAGCUCUCCAUGGAGAAGGAGGUGGUUCGGGUCUGGUUCUGCAAUCGGCGCCAGAAAGAAAAGCGAAUCAACUGUCCCAUGGCCACCCCCAUGAAGUCGCCCAUCUAUAACUCAAGGCUGGUCUCUACUACAGGGUCCCUUGGCCCCCUCUCUGUUACUCCUGUUCACAGCACCAUGCCCGGAGCAGUAACGUCAUCCUGUUCCCCUGGGAACAACAGCAGACCUUCAUCUCCUGGCUCAGGACUCCAUGCCAGCAGCCCUAGUGUAUCUCAGACUCACUCAAAAGCAUCAGUGAAUUCCAGUUUUAACACUUCUGGAUCUUGGUACCGAUGGAAUCACCCCACCUACCUCCAUUGAAACCAGAGAAUCUCUGCCCUGUAUCUGACCCUGUUUCCCUUGUUGCAUGGAGGAAAGUCUCUCUCUUGCCUUUGGGUUAUGGACCAACUUCUCUAAGAAGAGGAGAGGAGACUCCACUAUGAACAAGCUCAAAUUCUUGCCUUCUUCAGCAGCAAGAGGCUCAAGAGAUUCAAACUGUGAUUGUACCAUGUGUUGACUCUUAAUGCUCUUGAAAUAUAAGUCGUCCCUCCCCCAGGAGUUUGCCAACCUCACCUUCCCUGCCUGAGACCUUCUCUUAUAGUUCCAAACACCUGAGAUGACCUCUCAUGCUUAGAGUCUUUCAGAGGAAGGAGGCCUUGGUCAUUCCUUCAAAGCUAAAAGGAGGGUUUCCCACGAGAACAGUCUACCUAGAAUGCCACACCACAAAUACCGAGGGGCCUAUACUGAUAUUAACUAUAAACUGAGCCGUGGUUACCAAAUUCAUUUCAAUAGAGAAUUGUAUCAAAAUUUGAACCUGGUGCUGCCUACAAAGCCCCUCUGCUUCAUUCUUUUAUCUGUUCAACAAAGUUUUUAGGUCUGUAUACUCUUUUCCUUUCUCUUUCUUUUAUAGACAUCCAAAUCUACCUAUAUUUGCAUGCUUCCCCACUGCUAACCACCAUCCUCUUCUUUGCAGAAAACUGACCUAUCCUUAGUACCCUCAAAGCAAUCUCUUUCCCUUGCCCAGACUCUGAGAAUAUUAUUUCUCUGUAUAUUCUUUCUUUUCCUCCUUCCCUGUUCUUCUGGGCUUCCUUGGCUGUGGAAUGGUAGGACUAAACACGCACACAUAUAUAAAUAAUAAUGGCAACUACAUGCUUGAAAAUAGGCCCCUGCUCCUUGCCUCCUUCUCCCUCCUCCCUAGUAUGCUCUUUCCUUAAGAUGGAAUUUUCAACAUAUGUAACUCAGGUGCAAGUUUUGAAGACUUGUAAUAUUUUACCUUGUUUAAAAAAAAAAAAAGAAAAUACCAAAGUGUGAGAUACUCUGGUAGCUUUCAGAGUUCCUAAGAUUUAGAGCUGGAAAGGGGCUCUGAGAUGAGGAAACUGAGGCCUAGAGAAGCUGACUUAAAGUGACACAGGUGGUGGUCAGUAGCACACAGAUUUUGAACCCAGAACUUCUGACUUUAGAUCAGUUCUCUUGCCACUCACUAUACCAUGCUGCCUUAUUACCCAACUGGAAAGGGCAUCUUAGUUGGACUUCUUGGUUAGGGAGAUAGUGAGGAGGGGUGAGGAAUGAUCCUUAUGUUGUCCUCACCACUCACCGCUAAAUAAGGACUUCAUAUGAAGCCAUUCCAUCAGACUAAGGUCAAGACAUCUGUGUGCUAUCAAGCAAGUUUGAAAGUUGCACUGCCCUGUGAGUUGACUUUCACUGGGGGCUUUGAAUUUUUAUUGUAAUAUGUGACUUAACUUGCUACAAAGUAGAUACCUAUUUGUCAAAGGGAAUGAGAUGCAUUAUAGACAUUUAAUGUGGGUAUAUACAUAUAGGUGAAUGGGUAUAUAUUCAUAUAUGCACAUAUAUGCAUGUAUGUAUGUGUAUACAUAUGUAUACCAUAAAUCUAUAUACUUACAUAUACACACAGAGGGAUACAGUGUCCCAAAAGUCUUAGCGCCAUUUUAAGCUUUGAUAACUUAAAAUGGCACUAGGACUUUUGGGACACCCCAUCUACAAAUCCCAGAAAUCUCAGAGUUGUAAGGGAGCUCAGAGGUUAUCUAGUCCGACAUAUCAAUGGACAAGAAGCCUCUAUAGAACAUACCCAAUAAUUGGUCAUCCACCCUUUGCUGGAAGAUCUCUAAUAAGGGAGGAACCCACUGGCUCUCAAGGUAGCCCAUUCCACUUUCAGAAAGCUAUAAUUGUUAGGAAGUUUUUGCUUACAUCAAGCCUAAAUCUGCCUUUCACUCCUUGUUGCUAAUUCUGCUCUCCAGUGCCAGUUAGGAUAAGUCUAAAUCCUUCUUCAAGUGACAGCUCUUCAACAACCUGAAGACACAGCCAUCGUGUCUACUCUACGUCUUUUCUUUUUCAGGCUAAACAUCCCCAGUUCCUUCAACCAAUACUCAUAGGGCAGGAUCUUAAGGACCCCUAUCACUCUGCAUGCUUUCCUCUGGAUGCUUUCCAACUGAUUAAAAUGGCACUAAAAUAUGAUACCCAGAACUGAACUCGAUACUUUAGAUAUGACCUGUCCAGGGCAGAGGAUGGUGGGAUUAUCUCCUUCUUAUUCCUGAACACUAUGAGGAGAGUCCCCAUGAAGCCCAAGAUUGCAUUAGUCUUCUUGACUGCCAUGUGUCACUAUUGACUUAUUAAGCUUGUAAUCCUAUAACACCCCCACCCCUCCAAUUUUAUUUCGUAUGAACUACUGUCUACCCACACUUCCCACAUUUUCUAUGUAGGAAGUUGAUUUUUUUAAACCCAGGUGUAAGAAUUUAUAUUUAUCCCAAUUAAAUUUCAUAUCAUUAGAUUUGGCUCAACUUUAUAGCUUGUAGAGAUGUUUGGAGUCCUGUCACCCAAUAUGUUAGGUAUCUCUCCUAGCUAUAGUUCCUAUCCAUCCUCAUCUUCAAAUUUGGUAAGCUCAUUGCUAUGCCCUCAUCCAAGUCGUCAAUAAAAAUAUUAAAUAGAGCAGAAUCAAGAAGAGAUCCCUGGGGCUCAACUGGACAUUUUCUUGAAGGAUGACAUUAAACCAUUCAUGAUUAUUCCUUGGGUCUAGCUAUUCAACCAUUUCCAAAUCCACUUAACUGUACUCCUAUCUUGCCUAUAUCUCUCUAUCUUGAGAACAGGGUUAGAGAUAUUGUCAAAUGCUUUGCUAAAAUCUAGGUAAACCAUUUCUAUGGAAUUCCCCUGAUCUACCAAUCAAAUAAUCUGUCAAAAAAGAAAAGGAGGUUAAGCUGACAUGAUCUGUUCUUAAUGAAGCCAUUGUGGCUCUUUGUGAUCACUGCUUCUGUUUUUAGUUGUUCAUUAACCAUCCCUUUAAUAACUCAUUAUAGAAUUGUUCCAGGUAUCAAAAAUGCACAGUAAUCUAUAGUUUGCAAACUCCAUUUUCUUUUUUGGGAGGAGAGAGAAGAAUUGAGAAAUUUGCCCUUCUGUAGUCCCAUGCUACCUCUCCCAUCUUCCAUGAUCUUUCAAAGAUCACUGACUGUGGCUCAGUAAUUCAAUCCUCUAGUUUUCUCAGAAUGGUACAGAGUUGGGGUGGGAUAGAGUGGGGAAAAGAAUAUGGGUUUAUAUUACUAAUUGCUUUUCCUUAGCCCAUUAUAAAAUAAUAUAGUUAGUGUCCCCAAGGCCUGUAGUGACCAAAAGGUAAAAAAGGAAGUUCAUAAAUGUGAGGGGGUGAUGCUGGAAACCAACCUGAUAUUAAACAUAUGUUCAGAGAAUAUGCUGAGUGGGCAGUCUACAUCUAGAUAAUCUACAUCUAGAGGCUUGAUUGUAAUCUUAUGAAUGAACAUUAAGAGCUUGCAUUUAACUGUGUCACAGAAUUAAAAGUGUUUUUUCCACUUAUAGUAAUUACUUCCUUAAGACAAUAAAAGAUCUGUCACCAAAAAUAGUCAAACAAGAUGUGGAUAAUAAAAAAAAGGGCAAGAAGAGGUGGGCAAAAAGAGGUAGCAACAGGGGCCCUUAAGCUUUGUCUUGAGCACAUAAUUGGUUAUAUUUCCCUCAACAUAUAUCAGCAAACAUGCUCUUCUUGUAGGCAGAUGUUCAAACCUAUAUGCACAUCUCCCCUCCCCAGCCCCUGAUCCCUGAGCUAACACGUUUCCACAGCAACACUAGUUUCUUUGACACUUUGGCUAAUCCCAAGAUCCUUUGGUUUUAAUUCAUAUACAUUUGGUUUUUAUUUAUAAAAGAAAUAAAGAGAAACAUGGCUUAACUACUCAGCCUCCAGUGGCUUCUAAUACUCAUAAACCAGGUCAAUUACAGGGUGGGUAAGGGCCUAGGAGUGAGCUCCCAAUGCCUGUA